UCUUUCCCCCGUUUCUUUUCUUUUGUCAAAUGAGAAAAAUAAUCACAUUCGUUGUGCUAGUCAUUUUGGUAUUUAAAAUUUUAGUUUGCUAAAUAUAUUGAUGGAAUAAUAAGUCAUAAAGUGCAGAAUAAUUUUCAAAACUAUAAAUUCAGCUCGGUAAGAUGUCAAAAUCCAAAUCAAAGCAACAAUUGAGCAAAACCGAACAACGCGAUGAGUAUCGAAAUUUUAAAGUAGUGUUCUCUUACUGCAUUUUGAUAAUCCUGUUUCCGGUAGCUACAUUCUUCGGCUGCAAGCACCUGCUGUUUGACAGUUUUUUCCAGCUGACGGAAAUUAGCAGCAACAUUUAUUCAGCCGUUGCGGCGGUUAUCGCGCUGCAUAUAGCACUCGGAUUGUACAUCUAUCGGGCAUACUUCUAUAGCGAUUCCGCGGCAAGCCAACCUGCCGGAGGCUAUCAAAAAGUUUCCCAGAAACAGGACUAAAUAGAAGAUCAAACUGUAGCCAUCGACAUUAGAUUCAACCGUAAUACAUUCCGUUUCUUGUCAUCCCCAUACUUAUUCAAUUUCACUAAAAUGGACAAACUGGACCUAGUAAAA